AUGACGACACCAACAGAUACUGGAGCGGUGGACAAGGGCAAGAAUGCGGAACGCGGCACCCUGGGCAAAUAUGUGAAGCGGAUGAGCACUGUGUUCAAGAGGGAGAAAUCAAACAAAAGUGUACCGACCCUGGCGCCCGAGGCAUCGUCAACUCCUCAAGUCGCGCAGCAACAGCCUGUCGAGAAGGAAGUUGCGCAGCCGGACCAAACCAUCCCGGAAGUCGCACCUGCCACACAUAUCACUCCCGCCGUGUCAGUGCCAUCAACUCCAACUACCAAGGAGAUGGACCGCAACGCCAUGCAGCAGGAGAGAGCCCGCGCUUUGUUCGCCAAGUACGGCCUCACCCUUGAGUCACACGAGUGGAUCGCUGCACCAGCUCCAAAACCCACCGUCCAGCGUGUCGAGAAAUCGAUCCGUAUGCGUGUACAUCGCAGCUGCCACCGCUGCGGAACCCUUUACGGCUCCGACAAGGUGUGCCUGCAAUGCGAGCACAAGCGGUGCAAGAAGUGCCCUCGUUUCCCUAAGAAGAAGACGCCGGAAGAGAAGCAAGCCGAGAAAGAGGGUAUGGAGCAACCCAAGCGAAAGAGAAUGCUCACCAUCCGGACUCGUGGCGGCGACGAGCUGUGUCAGGAAACCUGA